AUGGCGGCGAAGGAUGUCCCCAAAUGGGGCUUUGGGCAAGAGCCCAUGCAAAUCAAACCCGUUGCACCAGACUUCAUCCCGCAUUUCGCGACCACUGGCGACACUCGGGUCGACGCCAGCAAGACCUUCCUCAACUUUGGAAACUUUGCGUUCAAGAAGCCACUGACCCGACCGCCCGCGUGGGAACGGGUUCCUACACAGUCGCUUGCUGCUCCCAGCUCGAACCGACAGAUCAUGCGCCGAGUCACAGUUUCCAACAGUCUCCAGCUCGACACACCCUUCGUCAUCUUCCCAAACGUAUCCGCCAUUCCCGUCCCUACUCGUGAAGAGCUCGGUUUCGACCUUACUCUUCCUCGCAAAGUCCAACGACUAGAAUCCUACGAACCUGUGGAUAGAGAACUAGUGUUUGAGGAUUUCUUGAUGUUCUCGCAUGCACAGCACAUGCACAAUCUCAUGAGAGCUAAGGUUCAUAUUGCCAACGGCCUUCUCGAAACUUACUCUGGCCAUACACGCGAAGACGUGAAGGCUAUCGAACAAGGAGCCCGACAAAUCGUUCCGGUCAAGCGAGCUGCUAGCAUCAUCAGCACCGACGUUGUCGAUACAGACGGCUCUCCUAUUACCCUGGCGCCCGCCAGAGGUAACCGAUUCCUAACCUACGACGAUGUGCUUCGCAAGAUCCAAGAUGCCAACGAGUCCGGAAAACAGUCCGUCAAUCUCAGGGACGCGUCCAUCACAGAGGUCACUACCGCACUGCAAAACAGUCGUCGGGAUCCUCGAAAGCGCCUCGCUGCUGUCGGCGAGCCCGAACUCUCCACUAUCUUGGACGAGGAAGAGCCAGAGAGCCCCAUCGCUGUUCAGGAGCCUGUUGAGGAGUCUGUUCUCUUCGCUGGGACCCCUUCUCCCUCGAAGCGACUUACUCGUCUCAUCACCAGCGACACCAUCAAGAAGAGUGUCCGCCGACUUUCGAAGCUUGCCAAACGCAUCCAGGGUUCUCCUUCCAAGUCAUCCCCUUCGAAAUCGUCACCUCCUAAAUCUUCUCCUUCCAAGUCGAAGCAUGCUUCCUCACCUCUCGCCCAGCGUUCCAGCCCUGUCUAUGGAUCUGCUGCUGGCAAGGACAAUAUGUCCACUGAAUCCGUCGCUGACUCUCCCGCCCGCCCUGGCCGAACUUUCCGAGUGCCAUCUGAGUGCGAUUCAUCUUCUUUCGAAGAUACUGGUCUCCCAGAGACCCCCAACAAAUCCUCGUCGCCUGUCAUGAACUACUCGCGACCCAUCGCUCCCACUCCCUCCCAGUGGAACCGAGUUGAGCCCUCAACUCCUGCUACUCCUGCUGCCCAGAGCGCUCCCCUCCCCGUUACCCCCCACCAGACCGACAGUCCCAUCGGUCUCGCUGCCCUUCUUCCUGCCAUCCUCCCUCCCGCUACUCCCAAGCCACACGGUUGCACACUUGAAGUCCUUGAGCCUAGUGAGACUUUCGACUUCGGGAAAACAACUUCCUUCGGUAGCUCCAACUCGUGGAUGUUUUCUUCUCCUCAGCCCACCGAGCCCAUCCGUAUCAAGGCCGGUAACCAGGCGCGUCGUCGUCGCAGCGAACCUCUGCUCCGCAAGUUCCUCGACACCCGAGCCCGUCGUCUCUCGUCAUCUCCCCAAAAGGUCCAAUUCCAACAGGAAGCGAUCUUCAGCGAUGACAUUUCUAUUGCCUCGCUGUUCGACAUCACUUAUGAGUCACCUGCGAAGGCCGCUGCCAUCGAUGCAGCUGACGAGACUACUGUUCUCGAUUCUAUUACUUCUCCCUCCAAAGAGCCUGCAGCUCCAAGCGCGGCCGAGCACACUAUCCCUCUUGACACUAUUAUGGAGGAGAGUGUUGCGACUGAAGCUGAUCCCACCGAGGCAGCCAACGAGACUUCUGUUCUCGAAUCUACUAUUUCUCCUUCCGAUGAGCCUGCAGCUGGUAGCGCGGCCGAACACACUCUUUCUCUUGACACACCUAUGGAGGAGAGUGUUGCUUCUAUUACUUCUUCCUCCAACGAGCCUGCAGCUGAAAGCGCGGCCGAGCAUAACCUGCCUCUUGACACAAUUAUGGAGGAGAGUGUUGCCACCGAGGCUGAUCCCAUUGAGGCAGCCAAGCCUACCGAAGGCGAGUCCAACUUGGGCUAUGCCAGUGUUCUCACUGAGAACCUCUGGAUGCGAGACCUGAAUUCUUCACCCACCUUAGCUCCCACCAACCGCCAGGACGAGCAGCACAGUUCCGUGCAGCCACCCACUACCGUUACCGAGACACCUGUCACCAAAGCUCCCACUUCUUCUGAAAGUGUUGUGAACAUUGAUGUCCGAGAGAACCCUGACAUUUUCGGGACCCAGAUUUCUUCACCCCCUGCCCCUACUCCCAUCCAGAACCUUUCUCGCAUGGCCGAUGACGCCUGCAAUGGCCACGCUAAGGUCGUGGUCACUGAGGAAAACGGUAGACUCUUUGUCCGAUUUAAGCUGUCGGCCAGAUAUGCCCACAUGUUCCCCGCAAGCCAAGGGUUCAACGAUUCUCUCUCGUUCUCUCCAUCCGUCGACAUUUCUACACCAAGGCCCCGACCCGUCAACCCCACUACACAGACUCCUGAUCUCAGCAGUUUCGGUGACGUUACCAGCCCAUCUCCCAGCGUAAUGCAGACCCCCGAGCCUCAAUCUACUGAAUCGCUCCUCAAGACACCUGAUAUCAACGGUGUCGGUGUUAUCGACCGCUCCUCCCCCGGUGAAUUUGAUACACCUGAACUUUCUCAGCACGACAACACUCUUGUCUUCGGCGAACCUACAACAGUCGACCGACCUUGUUCUAUUCGACGUGCUACCCGCCGUCAGAGCGAGAUGACUCCCUUAAAGCGUGCUACAAGAAACGCAAUGGGCAUCUCCCAGGGGCCCGCCACACCCAAAUUCUCUACUCCAGCAGCCGAUAAUGGCGACCACACCUUGGUCAUGGAAGAAACGCCCGCUAAGCGGGACGAUGAAACACCUGCUCAGCAGGUCGAGACUCCAGCAGCUCCCCCUAUCCAGGAGGUAGAAGCCGCUCCUGCUGCCAACAAUGGUGGCCAAGACUUGGACAGCCCAGGUCGAGAUUACUUACGCGCGUUCAUCAGCCAGAAUCGCCGAACUACCGCUUCCGCUACUGCUACUGCUACCACCAAAGAAUCCUCAACUACCGCUGCCACAGACACCACCGCUCUCACACUCGCAGCAGAAAUCAUCCCUGCCGUCACUACGACAGAAGCUGGAUCCCCAAUCGCACCAGCAGCCAAGCGCCAGCCUCUCGGAGCUCGAAGCCCUAACAGGGGUAGUCCCGUGAAGGCCAAGCGAAAGGCGGAUUGUGAUGCGGAUGAGGAUUCUCCCGCAAAGAAGUCCAAGAUGGACAAUGCGGCGAGUGAGGCCAGAGGGUCGAUCCGCCAGGUCACUCGGAAGACCAAGGCUAAGCGCCAGAGGGCAGAGCUGGCCAUUGACAUGACGGAUCUUCCCUCUGCCUCCCCCUCCACCGACACUCCCAACGGCAAGCAGGUUGACGAGCUUGCGCCCAACACAUCCACCCGCCGAUCGUCUCGGCUCCGAAGCCAGGAGAACCCGAGCAGCGCUCCCAAGUCGUCGCUGCCUACUCCCAUCAAGCUCGGCCGGGCCGGUGCGGGCCGCAGCCUCCCAAAGAAGGCUCGCAGCGAGGAAGACGAGUUGGCUCGCAAGACGCGGGCCAACACCAAGCGGAACAUGGGUAAGGCCGAGUUCCCUGCCGAGGUCCUCGUUAGAAUUGCGGACGAGGCAGAGAAGAACUCUGACCAGGGUGAGGGUGAGGAGUCGGAGAGGCCAGCAACUGGUCGACGCGUGGGGUGGAACCAGCCCCUGGAGAAGGUGCAAGGAGAGGAGCCCAAGAAGGGGCGGGCCAAGGGCAAGGCCACACAAGGACAGACGGGCAUCUCUAAGCCCAAGGCGAAGCGGGCCACCAAGGUGGCAUCGGAUCUGGGCAUGGUGGCCAACGGCACACCCGCCAAACCUCAGCGCGUGACGCGCUCCAGCGCACGCUCUGGGGUUUGA